GGAGCUGAGCUGCUAGAAGCUAACAAGGGAUAUUUUGCUGUCCUCGCGGAGCUUUUGCUUACGUAUCGUGGGUGGUUCUCUCAAGCUGAUUCAUUUCAGCAUGAUCAGGCUUCCUUAGUUUUCCUAGUUAAGAAGUUGACCAAGAUGGAGAGCACACUUCCUUAAAAUUAGUAAAUGAAGUCGAGUUAUUGGAAGACAUCCGGGGGAGUGCCAUUUUGUGUUAUAUUUGUGUUCCAUGCGGCAUGGCAAUAGAUUAAUUCUUUAGACCGUAUUUGUAAAUUUUGUGAUGUGUCAUUAAUAGAAAAUAAACAUGCUAAUCAAUAAUUAAAUAAUAAUUCAAUUAUCGACGAUAAAAUUAUAUGAUUCGGACAAAGUCAUAUGAUUUAUAAAAUACAAUUUGUAAAAUAUGACUUAAAUGGAAGAUGCUUCUAAACAUUACUAUUUCAAUAAUUCAGAUAAAGUUGACAUUAAAUUCAAAGAUUGGAAUUGACACGUGUCCGUUAUAAGUUAUAAUUGUACAUUCGCUCGGUUUUCCAAUUAGAUAUCCCUGCUUUUCCUAUUCAUACACUUACUGCCAUGCAUUCUCUCUUACCAUAUUUCAUUUCGCAUUUUCUGUCCUUUAUGUCGGCGAUGCGCCCUUCUCCUGCCGCCGUCUGUCUGACAAACCCUAAAUCAAAUCUGUUGGGUACAGGAGAAGGAGCCUUCCGGGAGUUAGGCGGGACCUAUACUGGUGGAUUGGCAACAGAUCUCAACAAACCACCGCCUCAGAAGAAAAUGAAGAUUCAGUCGCAUGACGAGAUUGCAGAGAAGAGGAGAGGGAGAUACAGAACCACCGACCAUAAUUUAUUUAAAUUAGUAAAAUCAUAUGACGAUAUUGCUCUGCAGAGAAAACGAGAGGGCCGGGAUGGCCAUGAUGGAAGAGGGUUUGGAGAAUGCGGCUACUGAAAACUCGGGGGGUGGGAUUUGGGGAGUUUUGUUUCACAAGUGGGAAUGAGUAUUGUCAGCAAGUGUCGCAGUGAUCGCUGCUAGCAGCUACCGCUGCUCUUUGGGAUAAAGAAGUGAGAGAGACGAAGUGGGCGAGGAAAAUCAAACGGUGUGGGGUAGGAAGAAAUGGUGAAAAGGAUGAAUGAGAAGAUUAAGAUCAGGAGGAUCGACUACUUGCCGGCAAGGCAGGUGACCUUCUCAAAGAGGAGAAGAGGGAUUUUCAAGAAAGCUGAAGAGCUGUCGAUUCUGUGUGAAUCUGAAGUUGCUGUUAUCAUCUUUUCUCAAACUGGCAAGCUCUUUGAUUACUCAAGCACCAGUACCAAGGAUGUGAUUGCAAGGUACAAAUCACAUACUGGUGGGGAAAAAUCGGAUCAAAUCACGCUUCACCAACUGCAGUCGGAGAAAGAAAACACGAUCAGGCUGAGUAAGGAACUUGAGGAUAAGACCCGCAAGCUGAGGCAUAUGAAGGGUGAGGACCUUCAAGACUUGGAUCUGGAUCAACUGAACAAGUUAGAAAAAUUGGUGGAAGUAAGCAUUGGCCGUGUAAUAAAAACUAAGGAAAAAAAGAUAAUGAGUGAGAUUAUGGCACUUACGAACAAGGGAGCUGAGCUUAUAGAAGCUAACAACCAACUAAAGCAGAGGUUGGUGAUGUUAUCCGCUGGAGGAGAUAUCGAACCGGCGGCGAUCAUGGAGUUGGAAAACCUGAAUAAUGUUGGAGAAGAAGGCAUGACAUCUGAAUCAGCCACAAAUGUCACCGCCUGCUCCAGCAGUGCUCUUUCUCUCGAAGAUGACUGCUCCGACAUCUUGUCUCUCAAACUGGGGCUUCCUUAGUUUCUCUGGUUAAGAGGUGGAGACAGGUGGAGAGUUGCACUUCCUUAUAAUUUCUAAAUAAAGUCGAGUUAUUGUAACAUACGAGUGAUCUAUGUGUCUUCACUCGAAAACAAAUUGGAAGACAUCUCUGGGGAAGUACUGUGACUGUGUGUUAUAUGUAAAACUGUAUUUGUAUUCCAUGCAAAGCAUGACAUUGAUCUAGAAUAUAACUUGUAUUGUAUACAAAGCUUUAUGCAAAUGCAGGCCUAUGAAUUUGGACUCUAAUUCA